GGGAGCAGAGAGGCAGGCUUUGCCUUUUCUGGUAGUUCAAGCCACUGAAAGAACAAGCAGGAAUUCUUUGUGCUGCAGAGGGGCUGAGAUAUAAACCAGACUGUAGAAGUUGAUAUAUGAAGAGAGGGGAGACACUGCUAUCCAUGGACUAAACUUCAGCUACUGUUAAGUGAGAAAGUGCGAAAAAUCUUUUGGGCAUCAUGGACGAUGACUUUGACCGCCGCAUGGAGCUUAGGAGGCAGAGGAGAGAGCAGAUGCGCCUCGACGCUGAAAAGGUGGGCUACGCCAACGAUGAUGACGAGGAGGAAGCACGGGAGCAAAGGAGGCGUGCGAGGGAGGAGAGAAAGAAGAUGAAGGACCUAGAGGAGCCUGGUACCUCUGAUGAGAUCAACACUAACAGUGUAACAGAGACUGAGUCCUCUGCCACCACCACCAGCACCACCAGUGCUGAAGGGGCAGAUGAUGACCAGGCUUUGCUGGAGCGCCUGGCCAGGAGGGAGGAGCGCAGGCAGAAGAGAAUGAAGGAGGCCUUGGAGAGGCAGAAGGAGUUUGACCCCACCAUCGGCACCACCAACGGCACAGACAGCCCACUGGAAGAGCAGUCCUCCAUCACCAGCAGCAGACAGCAGCAUACAGAAGAAGAGGAGGAGGAGGAGAAGGAGGAGAAACCUGCCCAGGAGGAGGUAGCAGAGACUGAUACAAACUGCUGGAGGAAAGAGGAAGAAGAUAAGAAGGAAGAAGAGAAGGAAUUUGUUCUGGUGUCAAGAACAUCUGCCACAAGAAAUGAGGUGGAGCUUGAGGCUGCAGCAACAGAAGUAGAGGCUGAUCUUGGAAAGAAAGAUGCUGAUGAGGAAGCUGUUCCUGAUGUUGACAAGGAGGAAGAAGAAAGGAAAAGGAAAGAAGAAGAAGAAAGACAGCAAAAAGAAAUGGAAGAAAAGCUGAGGAUAGAAGAGGAAGAGAGGCAAAAAAAAAAGAAAGAGGAGGAGGAGAAGCCAAAGAAAUUUGGUUUUAAGGAAAAGAAUGAACCAGCCAAACAGAACGGAGCUUUCAUUGAGAAUAAGCUCAAGAAAAUAGAGAAGCCAUCAAGCAGGGACAACGCUUCCUCCUCAAAGGCAGAUGACGUGGAGCGACAGGAGGCCGACCGCAAGCUGCAGGAGCUGAAGCGCCGACGAAACAACGCAGAGAGCGAGGAGUUUGAGAAGAUGAAGCAGAAGCAGCAGGACGCAGAGAUGGAGCUGGAGGAGCUGAAGAGGAAGAGAGAGGAUAGGAGGAGGAUCCUGGAGGAGGAGGAGAGGCAGAGGAAGCAGGAGCUGGAGGACAAGAAAGCCAAGGAACAGGAGGAGAGGAAGAGGAUGAAGGAGGAGAUAGAGAAGAGGAGGGCAGAGGCUGCAGAGAAGAAGAAACAGAAGGAAGAAGACACCACAAAACCUGCCUUUACUAUCAGUCCCAAAGGCUCCUCCAAGAUUGGGGAGAAGGCAGAAUUCUUGAGCAAAUCAGCCCAAAAAAGCACUGCAGGCAGAGUGUCACACACUCCAAUUGUCUCCAAGAUAGGCAACAGACUGGAACAGUACACUUCAGCCAUCCAGGGAAACAAAGAAGCCAAAUCCCCCAAGUCUCCAAUGGCAGAUAUUCCUACAGGAGGCACGCGCAGCAUCAAGAGCAUGUGGGAGAAAGGCAACGUCGGCAGCGCCUCUGAAAGUCCAGCCCCUGCCAAUAAGGAUGUGAUUGGGAUCAAAGGAGGCGUAGCCGGACGUGUCAACAGUUGGAUGGCAAAGCCUGCAGAGGCGGAAAAGACAACACCGGCGCCUGCACCAGCAGCAGCACCAGCAGCAGCAGCAGCAGCAUCACCAGCAGCAGCAAAGCCAGCAGAUGUGAAACCAGGUGACGUUGGUAACAAACGUGGCAUGUGGGAAACCAAGAAGGGCUCUGCGCCUGCCAAGGUGGCAGUUGGAGGAAAGAGCAAGUUUGUCACAAAUGCAGGCGUAAGACCGUAACCGUUGACAUCUGCAUUUAAAUCAAACCUUACCUGAGCAAACACAAGGCUCUGCUACUGUACGUGCAUCCAUUUCCCUUCAACACACCUGCAUUUUGCAAGAUGUUCACACCAGAAUGGGGAAAAGACGAGGGACCAGGAUGAGUGACGUUAAAGGAUUCCAGCAUCAAAGUUUCCCGGCUUUAUUUUUAUGAUUCAUCUUUGCACUGUCUGCUCAUAUAAUAGUGAAAGGAUAUUGAUGCGUAUCCAUCAGACUUGACUUGAUUUUUUAUUUUAUGAAGAAAUUCAAACAUGUCAUACCUAGUAAGGGUUUUUCAGGGCAAAGUACCACAUGAUAAACGAUUAGUAGUUAACGAAGUAGAGUAUGUUGUAUCCAUCCGGUUAGUCCUCGUUGUUUUCAAUCCACAAAGUUGAAAUAGCAGCUUUAGCAAAUUUCAGAUGGCUUUGAGGAUGCGUAAACGUUACAUUGCUUUCAAGCCACACUGACAUGUCCACUCUUUUUGUGAUGCAUUCGGGCUUUUUAUGUUAUUGUCAUAUAGCUUAUACCCAUUAAUAAGCCUUUGUGUUUUAUUGUCAUACACAGUCACCGUUUUUUGGGGAUGCUAGUCACAGUUUAGACUCCAUAGAAAGCCUGUACAUAUUCAAUUUGUUUCAUUAUUUGGUACCACUUUCUCAUGAGGGACUCGUUACAGAAUAGUAAGUAAUGCCUUCCGUAGUGGUCAAUACAUCACAUACUAUUGCUUUAUAGAUCUGUUAUAAUUCAUUCAUUAAAAAAAACUUUGGGGUUGCUAAAUCGUGAAUAAUCUCUUUGUCUGUUGUUCACAGUUUUGGUCCCACUUUCUCAUAAGGAAUCCCUUAUCAAGGGAUUAUAAAUUGUAACUAAAGACUUCAGAGGUUAAUAAAUCAUUUAGUAAUGUGUUAUAGAUCAGCUAUAAGGCGGUUGGGAGGUGGGUCCACCACUUCCAGAGUAAAAACAUCUCAACAUCUACCGGAUAGAUUGUCAUGUAAUUUUGUAACAUUCAUGGUUCCCAGAGGAUGAAGCCUGCUGACCUUGGUGAGCCCCUGAGUUUUCCCUCUGGCGCCACUGUGAGGUUGAUCAUUUGGGGCUCUGAGUGAAAUGUAUCGUCAGUAAGUCGAUGGAUUGCCAUGAAAUUUGUUAGGGACAUUUACGUCCUUCUCAGGCUGAUUUGGAAUAACUCUGGUGAUCGUCUAACUUUCCAUCUGGCGCCAUCAUCAGGUCCAAAUUUUUCAUUUGUCCGAAACUUUGUGUUUAUGAGCAAACACCUGCACAACUGAACCGUAUUCCCAAUCUUCGACAGCUGCACUCUGUGUUUAUUGCUAAUUAGCAAAUAUUAGCAUGCUAACAAGCUAAAAUGAGAUGAUGGGUUGGGUGGAUUAUUGUAAAACCCUUCAUUAACGAUUUAUCAGCAUUUAUAACUGCAUGCUAGAUGGCUUAUAAUAAAGUGAGUUAUUAAUGGAUCGCCAACAUUUAUACUUGAAUUAAUACUAAAUAGAAAUAAUAACACCAGUAAAAGGGAUUUUUUUUUGAUAACCUGGAAACCUUAAACCCGUUCUUAUCAACAGCCUACAACUGAUCUAAAAAGCAUUAGUAAAUGACUUGUUGACUAUUAAUAAAGCUAUGGGUUUCCUUACACAAGAGUCCGUAGACCAGAAGAAAAUAUCAGUGGCACAUUUGGCCAGGACUGCAGCCAGAGUAACACAGUACACAAGUGGUUCAACAUUUCUUCCAACGACACCUGGGUUUCUGACCUUUCUGAAUCGUGGCAGUUUAAAAUCACAUUUAUUAUGUAAUAUAAACACGAGAGAAAGUAAAGUAAAAUGCGUGUGCAAGCGAGUAUCCACUGUAACAACGAUGCAGUGACCAAAUGCAAUUUAAUUUAACAAGCAAGUAACAGUCUGACUUCUUGCAUAUCUAUCAUAAGUUUACAUGCCACUGUCUUUAUAGUUUUAAUUGCAUUGCAGCAGCGGUAAAGGCUUGCAAGACAAUCGCUGUGUGCCCUCGUGUUUUAAUUACACCUGUAAUUAACUUUAAAUUGUAGCCUGGAGUUUCUAUUAGUCAGCAGUGCACAUGAGUUGAAUCCUGCCAAAUGUAUUGUGAGUCUUCCAGUAUUGUUGCGGUGGAUUGCUUUGUUUGAAUGUUUGAAAUUAUUGUUUG